AUUGGGGCGGGCUGCAAGGGGGGGGAGAUGCUUCCGGGUGAGCUGCCCCGCCCCCACGUGGGCCCCGGGAGACUAAAACGAGCUACGGCGGUGGCGGGAGCGGCAGCUCUGAGCCCUUGAGGAGCCAGGUUCCAGUAGCCAGGAGAGUGUCCGAAGGACCUACUUCUCUUUCUCUACUCACCUCGUCGUAGACCGGCAGGCCUUGGCGAACCACAUCGGAGGUGCACUGGCCAGAAAGCAGCAGAGAGGUGUACACAGAGCUGAGGGCACAGCAGACACCUCGGGAGCCCUCGGUUUCAACCAGCUGGCUGCCUAUUGCUCUGCCCACCAUGCAGCCCCAGUCGGUUCUGCACAGCGGCUACUUUCACCCGCUGCUUCGCGCCUGGCAGACGGCCACCGCCACCCUCAGCGCCUCCAACCUCAUCUACCCCAUCUUUGUCACGGACGUUCCUGAUGACGUACAGCCCAUCGACAGCCUCCCGGGAGUGGCCAGAUAUGGUGUGAACCGGCUGGAAGAGAUGCUGAAGCCCCUGGUGGAAGAGGGCCUGCGCUGCGUCCUGGUCUUUGGAGUCCCCAGCAGAGUCCCUAAGGACGAACGGGGCUCUGCAGCCGACUCUGAGGACUCCCCAGCCGUCGAGGCGAUCCGUUUGUUGCGCAAGACGUUCCCCAGCCUCCUGGUGGCCUGUGAUGUCUGCUUGUGUCCCUACACCUCUCACGGUCACUGUGGGCUCCUGGGCAAGAACGGCACAUUCCAGGCCGAGGAGAGCCGGCAGCGGCUGGCAGAAGUGGCACUCGCCUAUGCCAAGGCAGGAUGUCAGGUGGUAGCCCCAUCGGACAUGAUGGACGGACGUGUGGAAGCCAUCAAGGAGGCCCUGAUGGCACAUGGACUUGGCAACAGGGUAUCAGUGAUGAGCUAUAGCGCCAAAUUUGCAUCCUGUUUCUAUGGACCUUUCCGGGACGCGGCCCAGUCAAGCCCAGCUUUUGGAGAUCGCCGCUGCUACCAGCUGCCACCAGGAGCACGGGGCCUGGCCCUCCGAGCUGUGGCGCGGGAUGUGCGGGAAGGAGCCGACAUGCUCAUGGUAAAGCCAGGAAUGCCCUACCUGGACAUCGUGCGAGAGGUGAAGGACAAGCACCCUGAGCUCCCGCUUGCUGUGUACCACGUUUCUGGAGAGUUCGCCAUGCUGUGGCACGGAGCCCGGGCCGGGGCAUUUGAUCUCAAGGCUGCUGUGCUGGAGGCCAUGACCGCCUUUCGCCGCGCAGGUGCCGACAUCAUCAUCACCUACUACACGCCUCAGCUAUUGCAGUGGCUGAAGGAGGAGUGAUGGAGACGGCGUACAAGACCCCAUAACUAGAACUUCUAAAAGGUCCCAGGGCCUUGGAGAAGUGAAAACCAAAGUAAAUGCUGCUUUAGAACUGUGCCCGCGCGCUCUUCCUAUUCACAUGCUGGUAGGUGCUUUCUGCCAGCAUGCUUUCUGCCAGCAUGCCAGAUCCCGCCACUCGAGUCUCACCGGCCAUCCCGGGCUUCCCUGCCCCUCCCCUGGGUCAUCCCUGAGGCCCUCCUCCACCACCCCAGCUCCUUCUUCUGGCGUGGCUUCAUCUUGAAAGCUACCGGGAGCCAAGGGCACAGGCUUGGCAGGGCCCGGGAGAGGGGCUUGGAGCAUUAGGGAAAGAGGAGGGCGGUUGCAUCUUGAAUCAUGAGAAGCUCUGGAAAGCCCGAGGCCUCUGGCAGCAUAGAUGGGCCCUGGGACAGAGGCCUAGAUUGACAUCUUCGGGUUUAGACUUGAGAUUUGCCACGAUUCCUCCAGAAGGUGCUUCCCACCUGGGUCCAUGUUGCCAGGCUGCCUGAGAUCGUCUGCUUUGAGCCAUAUACCCAGAGAAGAGUUACUUGUUCAUGAGCAGAAAUGCUGCCUUCUGAAGAUCAAAGUUCAGAAGCAAAGAGAGAGUCCCUGGCUGUUCAAGAUGCCACCACCAAAAAGGCUUUUCUGUCGAGAAAAUUUUUGAGAACAUCGGCUCGGUGCCCAGACACAGUGCCGGGUACUGGGGAUAUAGCAGGACAGACCUCAGCCUGUCUCUGUGUAUGAAAUCUAUGCAGGGAUAAUAGGGAGACAGACAACAAUGAGAAAACAAAGCAGUUACAAGUUGUAAUAAGCGCUUUGAAGGAAAGAAAGGAUCUGACACCAAAAAUAACAGACCAUGGGUGUGUCUCAAGAGGGUGGUCGAGAAGCCCUCCCUGAGGCCAAGGGACAAGAAUGGAUCCUCCCAGAGAACAGAGGCAAGUGCACCAGAAGCUGCAAGAAUGACACAAAGUGUGCAAAGGUCCUGCAGUGGGAGGAGCUUGGCAGAGCUCCUGGGAGCAGGGUGAGGAAGAGGAGGGUGAUUGACCCGACCGGAGGUUGGAAAGGUAGGCCCUGCACCUUGUAAGAAGCUUGGUCUUAUUUUGCAUUUGAUAGAAAGCCAUCUGAAGGAUCUUAACCAGGAGUUAUGUGUGUUCCACUUUCCCACAUUCUGUUGCCAUGAAAAAAAGGAAGCGUGAGAAAGAGGCUGGUUGGGAGGCUCUCGUAGACCCCAGAGAGCACUGACACUGGCCUGGACCAGGGUGGUGGCAGUGGAGGCAGGAAGGAGUAGAAGUAUUCAAGAUACAUUAAUUCAGGCAGAAUUAGCAGAUUUUGCCUGAGCUUUUUAAGUCUAGGGAACGAGAGGAAACAAGGGUGCCCUCAUGGGUUUCUGGCUUGGGUGCCUGGAUACGUGCUUUCAUUCUUCCGAGACUCACGGCAUAAUGUUCCUCUUAGGAAAGGUUAAGGCCUGGCUAUAGAGGGGCCAUUUUGCAAGUCUCCCUGCCCAUCUGCAAAGUGACAAGAAAUCCCAAAUCUCGGGCCAAAGCAGGUUCAAUUCAGACCUUAAAGCAGUACAAUCCAUUUUAAGUAGUACAAUUACGAACUCCCGGCAGCUCCUGUAGACAGACCAGUCUCCUCUGACUCCUGGUGGAGUCAGAGCUGCGGCUGACCUAACUAAGGACCCGAUGUCCUGGCCCCUUGGCCCCUGGCCCCUGAGCUCAUUUCUGAUUAGUAUGAAGGGGAACGUUCUUCAGCACCAUCCCAGACUCAUCAUUGCCAAGCUAAUAUGAGGCCUGGUUCUUGUCAGCAUAGAGAGACAGGAGACAGACCUUGCUCUUUAGGUAUAAACUCCACAGGAGGCAAACCACUCUGCAUAUGUCCCAGACCCCCCCCCCCCCCCGCCCCAGAAGUAAACGUUAAGCGGAAUGAUGGUGAGUCUCCGUGAGGAGAACCAGGAGGUCGAUGUGUCACCGGUGACGUGAUGGGUGCUGUGAAGGUCACCAGGACCUGACUGGGUUUGAAGGGUCAGAAAAUGCUUCCCUGAGAGGCUGACAUUUAACCCUUGACCUGAAGAUAAGCAGCCAAGCUAAGAGCACUCUGGGCAGAAGGAACUCCAUGUCUAGAAUGAGGUAGAACACAAAGCAGGUGUGGCUGGAGCACAGUGAAGGACAAAAAGACCAGGGCCAAGCCAUGCGGGGGUCAAAAGCCAUGUGUAAGGAAGAUGGAAGCUGUUCCAGACUCUAUUCCAAGAGAAAGGAAAGCCAUCUGAAGGAUUUUAAGCAGGCGAACAACGCACUCUGAUUUUGCAUUUGAUGAAAACAUUUGACAGCACUGGCAAAGCGCAGAGGAGAGAUUUUGUAGCCUGGACUGGAGUGGUGACAGAGGGGGUGAAGAGGGGAAUGGAUUUAGGAGGUCGAUUUCAUGGGAAGGAUAAACUUGGUUUGAGCUCCUGGCGGCUGAUGGGCCAUUUACUAAGAUGGGAAAGCUUGGGGGAGAGGGGAGAGGGGGAGUCCUAAAUUUAGCUUGGGUUUGCAGUGAGGGAGCUAUACCUAGAGAGUUGAUGACUCACCCAGGGCCACUCACGUUGUAGCAGAACUGGAUCUAGAACCCCCAUCACUGAAAACACUUCUGGUUAGAACUAGAAUUUGAACCCACAUAGCUCAACUGCAAGGCCUCUACCUUUAACCACUGUGCACACACCAUCUCCUAGUGAACAGCCAAAUUAGGGAUCUAACAUGAUGCUAUUCAAGGGGGUACAUCAAGGGCUGAGUUGCCUUCAGGCAUCACAGUCUAUGUGCAGUGGUGCCCUCUGAAGUCAGGAUUUGUCAUCAGAAGCCACCUAGUAUCUGCUCCAGCCCCACUGUUUUGUUUCCAGAGGCAAUGGCCAGGCAGGCAAGCUGAAGGGGUUUAGGUGGUCCCGAAGGAUCUGGUUCCUCCACAGUCCCAGUCUCCUGCUAUGUGCCCUGCUCUUGCUAGUCGUAAUUUUAUCCUUGUUCAGAGAGAACUCAGCUUUCACAAUUGGCAAGGCAUAUUCUCAGACUUCCAAGCAUCACAGGCAGUUGGUGAGCAUUCAGGGCCUCUUAAUGAGACCUGCCUUUAUUUCCCUCUGAUGUGCCUGCUUAGAUGGUAGCUUGUCUGUUUCUUAUAGGUCCUUCCUAAAGGCCACAACAAAUAGCCAAUACAUUCCACCAAUCUCACUUCUUGUUUUUGUUUGUUUAUUAUUGAGAGACACAGCAUGAGCAUGGGAGGGGCAGACAGUGGAGGAGACGCAGAAUCCAAAGCAGGCUCCAGGCUCUGAGCUGUCAGCACAGAGCCUGACACGGGGCUCAAACUCACAAACCGUGAGAUCAUGACCUGAGCUGAAGUCGGACGCUCAACUGACUGAGCCACCCAAGGUGCUCCCCAAUCUCACUUUUCUACUAUGAUCCCUAAAACUACACCUUCAGUGGGCAAAUGGUUGAGGGUCCCAAAAAACAACAGGUAUUUCAACCAACCACUUUACUAACAAUUCCCCAGCUAGGAAAGGAGGACUCCUGACCUGCCCCAUACCCCAUAGCCUACAUGGACUGUGCCAAUUCCACAUAUAAGGGCCUGUGACUUCCAGCGUCCCAUAUUCCAGAUACUUAUGGUUGCAAGUGACACAAUCCAAUUCAGUAGCAAAAAGGUAAAUGAUUGGUUUUUAUAACUGGAUUUCAAUAAGGUCAGGUGUGCUUGGGUCUAGGGUUAAAGGCUGUCAUAGAGGCUAUGUCUCUUCAUAGUUCUUAUAUGGUUGCCUCAGCUUGGCUUUAUUCUAAGAUGGGUUUUUGCCACUUGACAGCCACAGGAUCCUUAAAUGGUCCUUAUGACUUACAAUCCCAAAGAAAGACCCUCUCCCGUCAUUCACGACAAGUCUCUGGAGCUCUCUGACUGGCCACACUCAGGUCAUAUGAACCAGCCUCUUCAUUCAGUCACCAUCAACAAUGGCAUGGGAGAUGUGGCACCAUGACUGACCAGGUCUGCCUCAUUACACAGAAGUCUAGUGGAGUCUCAGAGCUUUGCAGCAGUGGUCCCCCAUGCCUGGAAUGCUUUUCCCCAGAAUCUGUGUGGCUGUCUCCUUUUUAUUGUUAAGAUCUUGGCUGACACGUCACUUCCUCAGAAACCCUGCCCUGACACCCAAUUUAAAGUCAUUCCCCAGUUACUCUGUAUUAGUCAGGAUUCAAGUUCAGUGGUCACCACAAAAGCCAAGGUAAUGAUAGCUAAGAAGAAAAUAUUUCUCUCUGAGCAGUCCAGACCAUGUCAGCUACAUGGUGUGGUGGGUCCAGGCGCCCUCCUUGUUCCGUCCUCCUAAACACACCUCGGCUUCCAUCUCAUGGUCAAAGAUGGCGAGUUCAGUUCCCACCAUUAGCUCCUCUUCAGUCAGCAGAAAGAGGAGAAAGAUGAAUGGAGGGCAAGAUGCUUCUUUCUAAGGGCACACCCCAAAAGUUGCACAUAUCACUUCUGUCCGUAUGCUCUUGUCUGAGCUUAGUCACGGUCGCAGCUAGUUGUGUAAGGUAGGCUGGAAAACAGAGUCUAGUGGGGCAGCCAGGUGGCUCAGCCGAAACUUGGAUUAAGUUACUAAGGAAAAAGGAGAGAAUGGAUAUAGGGGCAAAUGGCCAUCCCCAUCAUAUGAAGUGUCUUGUAAUCACUCAAAACAGUGGUCAGGACAGCAAAGAGGUCGUUAGAGACCAUCUAGUUACACACUCUAAUUGUAUAGAUGGGAGACAAACCCAGAAAGGGAAAUUGUUCACAUCCACACAAGCCAUUGGCAGACCAGGGCUGGGCUUCAGGUCUCCAGACUCUAGGUCCAAUGCUCAAAACUGGAGAAGGGAUUGGUUUCAGGGGAACUUUAGCUUUUUAGGUGUUAUCCUAGCUUCAGAUGCAUUUUUAUAUUCAUGUGUUUUAUCUAAGAAAGUUAUAUUUGUGUGUUAUUUGUGUAAAUAAAAAUAAAUGAAAACAUGGCCAAU